GCGUCAAGCACGUCCUCGUCUCCAUCUUCCUGCGACGAAGAUGAAGUUAACGCUCGUGUUUCGCCUGACUGGGCGAAAUAUCGCUGUCGCAUCGAACGUAGAGGUUUCCGUCUGGACACUGUCCGCGAUGUAAAAGAUCAUUAUCAGCACCAUUGCGGCAACAUCGAGAAGCAAGAACUGCAUGCGUAUUUGUCCGGCUAUCACCGCGCCCUUGCGAGGAGCGACGAAGAUGCUCUUUGCAAAGAUGCUGGUCUGCGAGACAGCCUGUUCCGAGCCACCCGUUGUCUUGAUGGGAUGAAGGUAAUGGUUAAGGCGGUCCAUCGGGAUAGCAGGGAGCUUGACAUCGUCCGCUAUCUUUCUGCGCCAGCUCAACGGCAGGAUCCCAUGAAUCACUCUAUACCUAUUCUUGACCUUAUUGAUGCGCCCCAGGAUGAUCUGUGUUUCAUUGUUAUGGAGGAAUGGUCUCCAAACAUGUUUCCAGAGGCUCCAGUUAGUCUUAGCUGCAUCCUGGAAGCUUUGCGCCAUUGUAUAGAGCACAUUGCAUUCAUGCAUCGACAUCGUAUCGCGCACUUUGACAUUUCGCCACGCAACUUCCUCACCGAUUAUAACGGUCGUUAUGCUUGCAUAGAUUAUGAGCUCAGCCGCCGAAUAGAUGAGGUUUCUUGUCCGCGGGUAUUAUACUCUCGGGGGUCGGAGGUCCCACCAGAAGCUGAAUGUGGUCGGCCAAGUAACCCGUUUAUGAUCGAUGUAUGGGCACUAGGGGUUCUAAUUUUCCGAGCGUGCGAGCUCGCUGAGUUCCAUGUCCCCGAACUUAUGCGUUUAGCCAACCCGAUGCUUCAUGAAAACCCUGACAAGCGGCCACCGGUUGCCGCAGUACUAAAGGAAUUUCAACGAGUGCAAGCGACAAUG